AUGGCAUCUAACUCGUCGGGAAAGCCACCCAGGGUCCUUGCUUGUGUUCUGUGCCAAAAUAGAAAGAUCAAAUGUGACCGCAGGACUCCUUGUUCCAACUGCAUCAAGGCCAACGUUUCCUGUACUCCAAGUACCCCGGCGCCUGCGCGCAAGAGACGGAGGCCCAACCAAGACUUACAGCAGAGGCUCGCCCGGUGCGAGGAGUUGCUGUCCGAGUAUGCUACCGCCAAACCACCAGCUCCCUCGUCCGCCGAAUCACCAAGCCGAGAUGAGUCUUGGAGACCCCUCGGGAAACUGAUAGUUGACGAGGGCGGCGUUAAAUUUAUAGAUAGUUUCUUAUGGGCCACCAUCCAUAGCGAACUCUCGGCAAUGCGCGAGAUACUCGAGGAUGAAGAAACAGUAGACGAUCCAUGUACUCCAGCCGAGUCUCAAAUUUCCGAUCUCGAUGCAGGACUCAUAUUAUCAGAUACUUCUAAUACCGAUUUAGAAGAGCUACAUCCCCAACCAGCUCACGUAUUCCGCUUAUGGCAGAUUUUUAUCGAAAGAGUCAACCCAAUAACUAAGGUGAUCCAUGUUCCUACAGUCCAGCCUCUACUCGUCGAAGCAGCGGCAAGUAGAGCAAAUAUACCUAAGAAUGCCGAGGCCCUGCUAUUUUCCAUUUAUCUAAUGGCGACCGUGGCUCUAACCGAAGAUGAGUGUUUGGAGCGGUUUGGGUACACUAAAGAUGUAGCUUAUACUCGCUUUUCUAAGGGUUGCCGUUCAGCUCUAAUGCGCAUCGGCAUCCUAAAAAACUACGACCUAGUUGUCUUACAAGCCUUAGUGCUGUACUUGUUCUCUCUGCCAGGCCAUUAUGACCGCCAUGCGGCAUGGAUUUUAAAUGGCGUCACGGUGAGGAUCGCGCAAAAAAUGGGACUUCAUAGGGAUGGAGAAUUCCUCGGACUAUCACCAUUCGAGACUGAGAUGCGGCGACGCAUAUGGUGGCAAAUUAUUUUGCUUGAUGCCAUGUACGCGCUUAUGUCUGGCCUAGGGCAUUCCCUUCUCCCACGCUCCUGGGAUACAAAGCCACCCUUGAACCUCAAUGACUCUGAUCUUUACCCUACUAUGACCACCCUCCAACCCAAGGACAGUCCCACGGAUAUGAUAUUCCGCCUCGUAUGCUGCGAGCUUGCCGCGACUAUGGUUGACACCCCUGAGCUUCACACAGUCAUCAUGCAGAAUGAGAUGGGGGUAGACAACCCCGAAGCUGAAAAAGUCGAAAGGGCCGCUAGGCGCAUCGAUGAGCUGGAUAGAACUUUGACGGAGAUCCUCACCAAGUAUAGCGAUCCCUUAAUGGGACCUGUGCACGUCUUGGCGACCGAGACGAAGUCAAUAAUGGUCGACAAGCUACGAGAGCUUGUUUGCCCACUCAGAAGUCAGCCGGAAUGGGGCACCGAAAUCUUAACGCCCAAAGACAACCUAUUUAAGCUGUCUCUCACAGCAGGGGAGCAGAAUUUGCGAAUGUACCAGAUACCUCAGACCGAGGGCUUUUUUCUCUGGUUUAUGAUGUCACAUUUUCAGAUAGAAGUUUUCAUAUAUAUGGUCGGGCAGCUGAGCACACGCACAUCUGGACAGCUGGUAGAAAGGGCAUGGCAGGUGGUCGAAAUGUUCUACCAGUACCAUACGGAAUUAUACGAUCUCACGAUGAAGGCGCACAUGGCGUCCGCUAUCUUUACGAUACGAGCCUGGAAUGUACGAGAAAGGAUACUGCGGGAUACAACUGGAUCUGCUCCGGAAACGCCAGGCUAUAUAGUCAAGCUGCUAAGUCUUCUUCCACCCGACGAGACUAGGCAUACGCGCACUGAUGAAGCGUCUACCGUGACGAGCCUAAACGUGAGUCCCGCUGCGCCUACACAACAACCCAGCACAGAGGUUUCUUGGGAUCAGAUGCUUGGCUUUGUUGAUGCCAAUUCCAUCGAUUGGGGCGAUAUGUUUUCGGUACCGACCGGGGGGCAACCGCAGCCGAAUUUCGGAGGUUAUGCAACGGUGUUUGGGGGAAACUCGAUUAACUGGAUGUAG